CUUUUCCGUCUGGGUUCGUUUAUUUUCGAGCUGUUCAUAUUAGUUCCCACGCAUUCUCCUGUUUCAUGCGCGGUGCUGUGCUGGAAAUGGCUGUGUAGGGAGCUGAGAGUUAUGUGCGGCAAAAGAAAGAAAGGGAGAAAGAAAGAAAGCGGAUCAGGAGUGAACCGGGCAAGUGGAAGACUUUAAAGCAUUGAGGGAAAGAAACGGUGAAAGAUAAGGAAAUCAGCUGUCUACAUUUCGACGUGUUGAACAGUUAAAGUGCCGCAACAGCGAGAUUUGGAAGAAAUAUCUGCGGGUUGUCACUGUCCAGAAUGUGAGGAGCCUGAGAAAAUCAACGACUGUUGGACUGUCCUACUUUGCCUCCACCCCCACAGACGAGAGGUUGACUGAAGAGACCAACACUGGGCCUCAGUUAGGUUUCGAGCUGUCUAGCUUGUUUUUGCUGCUUGAAGGAGCAUGUUGCCAAUGCUGUCCCUCUGCUCCAUCAUUUGGUUAAACCGGGGUAUCAAGCUGAGGAAAGUGCUCCACUGCGCCAACACCGGCCAGCUCUAAGACAGGAGCACCCUACCUACCUUGCUGUAUAGACUCGGCCAUUUCAGCAAUGCUUCUAAGCUUCAGUUGAUAGUUCUUUGGCCCUAAACGACCACUACUCCAAGCAAAAUCAUCAUCAUCAUCAUCAUCAUCAUCAUCAUCGUUUCCUGGUUGCCGUAGCAUUGGGCCGAUUUUCGCAUCCUCUCGGCGUCUUCGGCAGCUUUUAUCGGUUUCUUAAAAUGGCGGUCGAUGGUUUCCAGUAUCGUGCCCUCUACAUCUACACCAAGAACUUGGAGGAGGACAUUGACCUGCAGCCCGGGGACAUUCUGACCGUCAGCAAGGCCUCCCUGGGCUUCAAGGAGUGGGAUGAGGAGCGUCCUGAGCUCCUGGGCUGGCUGCUGGGCUUCAACGAACGCACUAAGCAGAGGGGGGACUUCCCGGGGACAUAUGUCCAGUUUGUGGGCCCUGUGAGGAUGGCACCGCCGCCCAGUCAGCCUCGCUCCCAAAGACCCCUCCCAGCAGCCCCGGGGCCUGAGCCACAACAAGAUGUUUCUCUUCUGGAUUUGACCGAGCAGUUCACACCGCCAGAAACUGCUCCCCACACCCUGGUGAACCUAGUGGAGGCCAUUGAGAAGAAAGGUCUGGACUGCAAGACACUGUACAGGACACCUGUGGCAUCCUCCAACUCGGAGAGCCCAACACAGAGCUGGAGUGGUGAGAUGGAGUCGGGUAGUGACGUGGGCGCCUUGUCGGAGUGUGUGGUCCGCUACCUGAGGGAGCUGCCGUCCCCCGUCAUCCCCCCCGGUGUUUACCCAGACCUGCAGGCUGCGCUGCAGCACGGCACCGCGGACUUGGUGGCAAGCAGCAGCGGAGGCAGGGAGCUGAGCCUGGUCCUGGAGAGGACCACUAGUGUGCCCCUGCACCAUCGCCUCACUCUGCAGUACCUACUCACACACCUGGGCAAGGUGGGCCAGGGCUCCCAGCUCAACGGCCUGGACCCUCACACCCUGGGCCUGGUCUUUGGGCCGCUGCUGAUCCGGCCCAGCUCUGCUACUGGGUGGGAGGUGGGGGAAGAAUUUCCUGCACUAGCGCUGGAGAGGCUGCUGAUGGAGAGGGCCAUGGGACAGGAAGUCCCGCCCCCUGCUCUACCAGUCAAGCCAAUGAAGGCCAAAACCACGACUCCAGCCAUGACUGAGACUCGCAUACUGAGUGAUUCCGAGUGGUACUGGGGGGAAAUCUCCAGGGAGGAGGUGAACGAGAAGAUGAGAGACACCCCUGACGGGACGUUCAUGGUCCGCGACGCCUCCAGCAAACUGGAAGGAGAGUACACACUGACCCUCAGGAAAGGAGGCAACAACAAGCUGAUAAAGAUCUGCCACCGGGACGGUCGCUAUGGCUUCUCCGAGCCGCUCACCUUCACCACGGUGGUGGAGCUCAUCAACCACUACCGUCACGAUUCCCUGGCCCAGUACAACGCUAAGCUAGACACCCGGCUCCUCUACCCCGUCUCCAAAUACCAACAGGAGCAGCUGGUGAAAGAGGACAGCAUUGAGGCGGUGGGCGAGCAGCUGAAGGUGUACCACGAGCAGUACCAGGAGAAGAGCCGGGAGUACGACGUGCUCUACGAGGAGUACACACGCACCUCACAGGUGAAAAGAAAAUGGUGGAAAUUCACAUCCCUCCUAACUGCCAUUGCCAUGAGUGGAAAAGCGAAGAAGAUAAGACUCCAUUUCAAAGAGCUCCAGAUGAAGCGCACGGCUAUCGAGGCCUUUGGCGAGACCAUCAAGAUCUUCGAGGAGCAGUGUGAGACCCAGGAGCGCUACAGCAAAGAGUCCAUCGAGAAGUUCCUACGCGAAGGCAACGACAAGGAGAUCCAGAAGAUCCAGAGCAACUCAGAGCGUCUGAAGUCUAGGGUGACGGAGAUCCACGACAGCAAGAGAAAGCUGGAGCAGGAUCUGAAGCAGCAGGCCACUGACAACCGAGAGAUUGACAAGAGGAUGAACAGCCUGAAGCCGGACCUCGUUCAGCUAAGGAAGAUCAGGGACCAGUACCUGGUAUGGUUGACACAGAAGGGGACGAGGCAGAAGAGUAUAAAUGAGUGGCUGGGCAUAAAGAACGAGGCAGAAGACUCAUACUCGCUGGUGGAGGAGGAUGAGGGCUCGCCCCACCACGACGAGUGCACAUGGUACGUGGGCGACAUCAAGCGCACCCAGGCAGAGGAGCUGCUUAGGGACAAGUGUGACGGCACCUUCCUCAUCCGAGAGAGCCAGACGCAGAAGGGCUCCUACGCCUGCUCCGUGGUUGUGGACGGCGACGCCAAACACUGCGUCAUCUACAAGACGGAUAAAGGCUACGGCUUCGCCGAACCUUACAACCUGUACGGCUCCCUGAAGGACCUGGUGCUCCACUACAAGCAAGAGUCCCUGGUCCAACACAACGACCAGCUGAAUGUAACCCUGGCCUACCCAGUCCUCACCCAGACCCUGCAGCAGCACCCUAGAUGAAGGGCAGUGUGACACAACGACCCCCAACGGUGACCAGCACUUCCAAAGCAUAUGGGGGGGGGGGGAGCACACUCAUUACGUACCACAGUACCAGCCACAGUAAACAUAAGAUGAAAACCCUGUUUGUAGACUGAAAACAACAUAAGCACACCGUUAUGAUGGAAGCUUUCAGACCAUAGUUAGAAGAGCAAGAAGGAGUGAGAGUAGAGGGGAGAGAGUCAGGGAACUGGAGGUUAAAGAUACUGGAUGGAGCUCAGCUUUUUUUAUUUUUUUUGCCUUGGCACCCACUUACCCUUCUAGGCAAAGGCCUGAGCUGUCAUCCCCAGUAAGGACUUGGCUAACCUGGCUGCUCACCACACUGCACUUCACAACAACGAAAUCUAAGAGGGGGAGGGGGGCAAUCGGAGGGGGGCAAUCCAGCAUUCAGAUACAUGGUCCUGGAAAGGCGGGGUGAAGUGGCUGGACAAGCCAGUUACUUUCUAUUAAAAGCUUGCUUAAGUACCAUAGAAAGAGCCUUGAUUGACCACAAGCCUGUGUUGGGAAAGAGGGGAACUAUGUAGGGUGGCAUGCUGGGGUAGGGAGAGGGGGCAUGACAGAAAGCUUUAGAAAAAUAUAUUUUUAAAAGUUCAAUUUACUCGUCUCCUCCAGUUUGUUGUAAGAUCAACAUUCUUUCUAAAAAUAGACAUGGUAUAUUUGUUGUAUUGUGAAUAGAUAGAUAUUCACAAUAGAUCAAUAUAUGAAUGCAGUUUCUAAAGGGAUUCAGGUUUCCCUUUCCGUUUCCAUUUAAUCAUGGGUAGUGGAGAAAUCCCUGCAAGCUCGUUUCUUAUUUCAAAUGUUCUCUUCAAGUGCUUUCUUUUAUACUGUAGCCUAUAGCCAUGAUGGACUAAGGUAUUACUGUUAGUAUUCUUGAGAUGUUCUCAUUUCUAUGCUAAUACACUCGCAGAUCAUCAACCUAUCAGAUCUUAACUCUCAGUAGUGAAUGGCUUAGUCUCUAGGAAGCCUAUGCAGUGUUCUUUUCACAAGCGCUUGCUUUUAUGUCGCAGCGUCACUACUACUCACGGUACUUCCUCUUUUGAGCUUGACUGUUGUUUUUAUUUGACACGAGCUUGAUUCACAGAGCUGUAGAACGUUGUUGUACAAAAUGAAAAAAAUAUAUAUUGUCGUUUAUAUGAUCCAUAUAUCUACCGACAGUAACAGGCAGUGUGACUGUCAAACAGAAAGUAUUGAAUGGUUUUCUUUUCAACUGUGUGUGUGUCGUCGCCCCCCCCCCCCCCCCCCCCCAGCUAAACGUGAUCCCAAAUGAAGGAUGUCUUGUCAUGUAGCAAAAAAAAGAUUGGAUCCUUUUUGACAGUAAGCAUGACCACGGAGGUCCGGGGGAUUUUCCAUAAGUACCAUAUGCAUGAAAAUCCUUCUUUUGUUUAGUACCUAGACAACUUGCUCUAGUACUUGUGCUGUUUUAAGUGCAUACGUCUUGUGUACUAGACCUGUAUAAUGCACAAACAAUAGUAAGUGAAUAAGAAUACAUAUAGAUUUACAGACACACUGUCGAGGUGAAUUCCCUCCGCGGGUACUGAGCUGUACAUUUGUCGUGCGGCUUAAAGGACUUCCUCUUGCGGACUCUUUCUAUCCCUUUUGCGUAGCACAGACUUUGUUCGCGUGAAGACACUUCAGACAAAUUUAUACCGUUGAUUCGUUACUAAAAGAAGCCUCAUGUAAUGAAACCGAGGAUAUUGAGGAUUUUAAACGUGGUGGCGCUUUUUAGAUUUCUUGAGAAAGCGGAAACUUCCCAGAGAAAAGGAGUUUUGUUCUUUUUUUUUUGUACAAUGUGCAUAAAAACAUGUCUCACAUUGGGCCCUCCUUUUGGGUCGUUUUAAACAUGAUCAUUUGCUCAGAGCAGAUGUAUUUUUCCCAUAUUGGUUUAAGUACGAUACAUGGAUACUGCAACUGAAUAGUCAUGCUAUUGGAUUGGUUGACUAGUUGAAGGAAAUUGGGAGUCAUUUGGUUUGUAAUUGUCACAUUUUAAUUGGAAGUUGCAUAUUGGCGAGAGCAUUUUGUGUUCAAAAUGUAUUUUUGGUACAAAUAUUAGUAGAAGAAAAAUAAUGAUCUAAAGGAAAAAUAGCUUGGUACUGUAUGUGUUUUGCACAGUUCUUGGCCAGAAGAAUAGCCUAGAAUUAAAAUCGAAGUGGCAGUAGUGAGAGGCCUAUAAAAGAGUGAUUCACAAAGUUAAGAAGUGCCUUAGCUCUUCUCUUGUCAUUGUUGGAGGAGCUUCUCUCCUAUAGACCGUGCUACCGCAUACUGUAUGCUUUGUUUAAAAAGCAUUUGCCAAUGAUCUAAUGUCAAACCCCUUGAAGAGAACUGGCAAAUGCGCGUAGUUGUAGUCUCUCUUGUAGUGUGCGAGGUCCGAGUUAUGGAGAUUGUGUAAGUUUAGUUUAGUUAUGCUUCUCUUUUGUUACAUCGUUUUUAAUAAGUAUUUUUUUGUGACGGGGCUAUAGCUUGGUGCUCUUCAGUGAGCGAGGCAGUUUCCUUUGGGGUUUUGUUGUAUAGUUUAUUGAAUCACACCUAGAGUGGAUAGAAAUGUGAAUACACAGUCGUAGCCCAACACGUAGCGUUUGUCCUUUUUUAAUAAGCCGAAUCUCAUUCAAUAAGCUCUUAAGUGAAUGCAUGCAGUACUUCUCACGGUGUUUUCAUGUCAAUUCCCUGUGAAUUCAUAUCCUGUUUACCCAUUUACUGACUCAUGUAUUUACUCAGUCCAUCGGACCAACAUUUUGCAAAUGCACUUUUUCCUUAAAGAAAAUUCCACCAAAAAUGUUCUUUUGCUAUUUGCUUAUGAUGCAAAAUGUAGCAUCAUCUGAUGCAAAAUGCCUCAUACCCAGUUGUUGUUUUUUUUGUGUUUUGAAAGUCAUCCAUCUCGAAAACUGGAUUGCUGACAUGGAAAGAAAUGUAGGACUAUAUCACAAGUUAGUCCUAUAUAUAUUUUUUAUAUAUAUAAAACUUCAACAGGGGACUAAAAUAAAUACCAAAAGAGUUUUUGGGUGGAGUUUUUCUUUAAUUGAGUCUCCAAAAUGAGUUCAUUCUAAACUGCAUUAGUGAAGCUCAGUAGGCCAUGAUAGUAUUGUUUGUUUUAUUAAGUGUCAUGUCAGGGAUGUUUUAAUCGGACUUUCUUUGUGAAACAGUGUGUGGGGGGAAAAAAACAUUCAGUGUUCCCCUUACUCGAUACAUUUGGUGGAGGCUUCACGAACUCUGAAAUUGUAAGCCAGUAUUGGGGCAAGUAGGACAAAUGUCCAUUUUAUUGCUGUUUUUCAUGAUUUUAAUUGUUUAACUGUGUUAUAAAUCUGUGUUUGGUUUUGAUUGUGCCAGGCCCACCCAUUUCCCAUUCGAAAAUGGGUGACUCGUUUCAAACCAAAUGAAAGGGAAGCUAGACAAUAUGCAAUCGGCAUAUUUGGUCGGUCCUCAACGCUCCAACGGUAUGGAUGUCAUCGCGUCACAUUAACGUCACUUGCAUUAACAUUAAUAACACAUGUGCAGUGAUAGUGUUUCGGCGGUUGUGCCCAAUGAGAUGACUUGGAGCAGGGUUAGCUUUGAGUUGUCCUUUUAACCAGUUAUCGUGAAACCACGUGUUAUAGCACCCUCCCAAAUGUUCAGGUGAAUUAUCCAGGCCAUUACUAUUGCUUAUCUUUGGUACAAAACACCUGUAAAUAGUGGUGUCAUACUUCUACCAUAUCAGUUACCGAAUACAAGUAAUUAACAUUUAUUACGUUUGAAUAUUUAGGUUUGAAGCAUAUUUGAAAGAAAUAUAUUGAAAUAUAUCUUGACGUAUUGUUUUGGGUUAUAUAUUCUGAUUUUAAUUAUGCUGGAAAUGGAUCCGAAACAGACGCUGACUAAAUGAGCUUAGAUGUGAAACACGUCUAUUGACAAGUGCCACAGCAGCUUUGCAUCAGUGGGCCAAGUCAUUUCUAGUUUUCAUGUUAACGCCCUGAUGUGUAAGUAAUAAGCUAAGCUUUAUCAUUAUCACCAGCAAGCGUUCCUUUCUUUUAUUCGUUUUAAUUGACCCGCAAUGAUUGAGGAAGAGGAGGCAGGCUCAUCUACGUUUUAAAAUGCAGCGCUGAACCUAGUUGUCCAUGAUGACAUACUGAUUGGCCAACCUUGGCCCCAUUCACCUACUCACACAGAAGUGUCUCUGUCAAAUUUGAGUAGAGAUUAUCAAUAGUCUUGACACAAGUGUCUUUCAGCAAAGCUCCAUUGUUGCUACCUUACCAAGGACGGUGACGACAGAGUUGACCAAUACUGGGACUGACUGGUGUCUAGACUACAGCCUGUAUAUUUUAAGAUUUAUAAAAUGUAUUAUCUGAGCAGAAAAUAGAUUCCUAUACAGAUAUGCUUUAUCCAUAGGGAUGGGGAAAGCACUUUUUUUUGUUCUCCUUCAUUUAUUUGAAAUCAUGUUGGCAAAAUUACAUGAAAAUAUAUUCUCAGCUUGGAGAUUCUGGUUCUGUUUUUUUUAUAUUGCGAGAGGAGGCAGUUUGAAAGUGAUACCAGGGGAGUGUUUGAGGUAUGAAAAUAAUGUAUGAUUCGAAGAGAGGGGCAUUUUAAUAAUCGGAUAAAAGUCCCCCAAAUGCACUAGACAACUCAUGAAACUUCAUACCGGCCAAACGUUGCCAACAAGUUAAGGAACAAAUGUCAAGAGUUCAGAAACACUCCUUCAGUGAGUAACCAACCGUUUGUAGAUGGAACAAUGAUGUCAUUGGAAAGUGUUCCUUUAUGGUGCCUAGGGUUUGUUUUUAAUUAGAUCUAUUUUUUUUUUAAGCAAAUUGAUUUGUUUGUCCAAGUGUUUGUUUGUUUUAUCUUUGUUAAUGAUAACCUUACAGAAUCUAUAAAAUAAGCUAGCUUGAAUAUUUUCCUUCAUACAGAAAAGUACAAAUGUUUACGAUAUCUAAUUAACCAAAUAGCAAGUAUGCGUUUGAGAGUCAAUCUGUCUGUCCCGAAAAGGGGACUCCGAUAGAUUGAUUUGAUUUCUUUUUUUCCUUUGUCAUUUUAAACUUGAAAAUGUUAUGACUGCUUGUUCUUUUGUUUUUGAUUAUUUUUGUACUUGUCAAACAGUGCUCCCUCUAAAAAAAAAAAGAGAGAAAAGAGGGAAAAAAAGAAUUGUUACCGUCUUCUGCUUAGAACAGAAUCGACUAAAUCAUUUUUUGAAUGGCCCCCGGGCAGAAUGGUCUGCAAUGGGCCCUCUUCCCUGAGUGGCUUAAAAUCCUUGAUCUCUGUUCCUUUACUUUCUGUACUGCCGACUACUUCAUCUUAGACUGAGCCUUGUGUAUCCACGGCUGAAUCUUAACUUUAGAUAAAGGCUUAACUUUGCGUUUUUUGAUGUCAGUGGGACAUUUUGAGUUGCUCUUGCAGAUCUCAGUUAGGAUUUGGCCGUAGAUUGCACCCUAGAUGAUUUGGGAGGAUUUAGUUUUUAGGCUUUUCAAGUUUGAAAGAGAGGGAGGUGCACACUACUUGGUGAAAAAUGUAUGUCUACAGUCUUGGGUUGAGUCAACUAUUAAAUUAAUUUGGAAAUGUGUGAAAGUGAAGAGGCAUGUAUUUCGAUUUUGCACUAAGUCAUUCUCGUCUCACUACACUCUAAGAUAAAGACGUUCCGUGACUUGCUCUCUGUCAUUCAAAACGUUUUUUUAUUUGUUCAGUCUUAUUUGUAAAAUGGAUUGACUCCAUUUAAAAGUAUGCUUUAAUUUACUUCUAAAAGUUGAUCUAAUCUAUGUAACCCUUCAAUCAGGGUUGGGUAGUAAUGGAUUACAUGUAACGGGCAUUGCGCAAUUAAAUUACAAAUAUAUGAAGUAGGCCUAACUGUAAUCAGCCCGGAUUACAUUUUUUUUUAACAAUAAUAAUGUAAUCAGAUUACAGUUACAUUAUUAAAAACAUCUGAUUUACAUUUGGGAUUACUUCAUCUAAUAUUAAGAGAAAGAAAAGGAUAAAGCUUUGUCAGCAUUGCUAUCAUUUAGCACACCCUCAAGACUUCUCCCAUGCUCUCAAAUAUGCUAUUGUUCUGCUGAUCGCCCAUCAAGGGUGGCUUCUUUUGUAUUCAAACGAAUUUAGUGACUAGGUAAGGCUUCCAAAAGAUUUUCCACCUAGCUUUCUGGUCAAUCAGACAGUCGUCUGGACUCAACAGUGUUGAGUGUAGCUUUGUAGCAGUGCACUUUGGCUUCGUGUGCUCCUAGCGGGAGAGAGAGAUGCUCUCUGAUAGCUGUCUGGGCAAUAAACAAAAAAACACAGUCUUGAAAGCAACCACUGUUGUUACUCUAGACGAGAAGAGGGUUCCAGCUUUCUGUAGGUUUACUUUUAUUGAUCUACUCUUAAUAUUGAACAAAGGGCACUCACGUCGGCGAUUCAAUUCCAAGGUGAUUGCGUAGGCUUACUCAUCAUUAUAAUUAUUCAUUAAUUUACUGAUUUAAUAAUCAAUUACACAGGUAUAAUUAGAAUGUAGAUUUAGCAACUAGCUAACCACGUCAUCGGGUGUUGAUUGAGCCCCAAAUGAUUUAGCCUAAAGUGCCCAAAAUGAUGUAUACAAAUGUAAUCUCUAUUGAACAAAAAAAAAUAAUUAAGAUUCGGGAACCCUAUUGUAAACUAAUAACAAUUGCCUAAUUGUCAAACUCAAAAUUCAUCAUAAUGACUGGUUUAGAUUGCACAUCAAAAUAUCUGGAAUCAUGCAUUCCUGCUUGGACAUGUUAGAUUAAAUAAAUGUAUUUCUUGAAUCAUACUAAUACACCUCCUUUUUAAUUAAGCAUUUUGAAUGACUAAGUUAAUUAGGCUACACAUUCUCUCUCUUGUGUGACCAAAUCAUAGGUGGGUGCCCCAACUAAAACCAUUAGCAUGGAGCCUAUUGACUCUGCUCUAAAACAUUUAGAAUAUAGAACUUGUGAAUUACGGUCCCCAAUUUGGAAAUAGUCAUGUUGCUAAAUUUAAUAAUGUAUGCUAUUUAGCAGACGCUUUUAUCCAAGCGCCAUGCUCUACCAACUAGGUGCACUUUAAACAUUAAAAAAAAAACAUCUGGGUGUUAAAAUAUAUUUUUUAAACUGUCAUCUGAUUACUCAAAAUGAGUAAUGUAAUCUGAUUACUGAUCAUUUUUCAUGUAACUGUAAUCCAUAACUGAUUACAUUUUAAGUUAUCUGGCCAACACUGCCUUCUAUGUAGAGUUCAUCCUAAGUGGCUGUGUAUGUGAUCAUGUGACUGUCAUUAGAAUGCAGGUCCGGGACAGUACAUUUUGACAAACCUUUCUUUGGAGAAAACAAACUACAGUAUGAUAUGAUUCUUAUUGUUCUGAGAUGUGGUGUGAAGUUUUUCCCUUUUUCAAAACGGUGACUGGAAAUUAACGGGACAGUCUGAUAAAGCUACUCUACACCAAAGUGCAAUUGAACUCAGAGGGAGCACUGUCUGUGAACCAGUGGGAGUCUACUGGUUGUGAUGUGCACAAUCCUUAUGUACGUAAAAUGAUUAUUCUCUCUUCUUUCCCCAAUCUGUCUUAAUUCAGAUGCAACAUUUUAUUUCUUUUGUUUUCUGUGUACAGCUUGCUUUGGAGUUGUUUGUCUCAAACAGGUACUCUUACUUCUGUACUGUUAUUUCAUAAGGUUGAUGAAAUGAUUUUUAAAAAAAAUCUAUAAAAGAUGUAAGAAAAAGAAAGAAAA